AUGCAGGCCAGUGACAGCUAUCCACCAGGUAGUGGCUAUGAAUGGGUUGUGGUAGUGCCAGCCUUCAUGGUGAUGGGCCUCACUGCUGCCGUCCUCAAGACUUUUGGUCUUUUCUUUGUUGAAAUCCAGCAGCACUUUGAUGAACUUGCAAGCACCACUUCCUGGAUCUUAUCAGUAACUAUUGCCAUCUUUCAUUUAGGAGCCCCGGUUGCCAGCUCACUAUGUGUGUAGUACACUCAUCGGGCCGUUGUGAUUAUGGGAGGACUCCUGGCUUUUUCAGGAAUGGCACUGGGAUUUCUUGGGCUCAACAUGGUCUGGAUGUAUGCAAUGACUGGCUUCCUACAGGGACUUAGGAUCUCCUUUUCAUGGACACCAGCCAUUAGCAUUGUCAGCCAUUAUUUCUCCAAGAAAAGAGCUUUGGCCAAUGCUAUUGCCGGUGCUGGAGAAUGUGCCUUUGCAUUCACAUUUGGGCCAUUUUUCCAGUGGCUUAUUAGUCAGUAUGGAUGGAAAGGUGCCCUCUUGAUCAUAGGUGGCAUCCAACUCAAUAUUUGUGUCUGUGGAUUACUGAUGCGACCCCUGACAAGCAGCAGCCUCCUUGAGGCUAGCCAUUCUGGAACUGAGACAGCACCUGACAAUGCUGCAUCUGGGAUGGACAAAGAUAAUAAAUCUCCCAUCUCACACAAAACCUUCAACUGGAUGCUUGUGAGGCGAUCGGAGUUUGUACUUUAUGCCAUUUUUGGCAUAUUAGCUGCUAUGAGUUUUUUUGUUCCUCCGUUAUUUUUAGUCCCACUUAGCUACAGCCUGGGAAUAGACGAAUCGUGGACUGCAUCCCUCCUAUCCAUUUUGGCUAUGGUGGACUUUGCCGGCAGACUGUUGUGUGGCUGUUAUGCCAAUCUCCACAUUACCAAAACUGUGCAUUUGCUGACAAUGACAAUUGCCCUGAUCAGUACUUUCCUGAUGCUGCUGCCACUGGCCAACAAUUACCUGUCAUUGGCAAUUUUCACUAGCUUCUAUGGAUUCUUCUUUGGCACAACGGUCGCAGUUCACAUUACAGUGCUAGCAGAUGUAGGCAUGCCAGAUUUUGACAGUGCUCUAGGGCUUUUCAUGCUCAUUCGAAGCACUGGAGGUUUUGUGGGGCCUCCUCUUGCUGGUCUGAUUGUGGACAUGGCUGGAGAUUACAGAGCAGGCUUCUACAUGGCAGGAGCCACUCUUGUCCUGUCAGCUGGAAUUUUAGUUACUUUAGAUCAACUCCAACAGAGAAAAGAAAGAGGAAGCCAGACUAAUGCUAAACCAGAAAAGUCAACAUUACCCUACCCUUCCUCCCACGUCCUGAAACUUCAGAACAGAAGGUAUCAAGAACAUGAUGUAGUGGUGUGA